AUGGUAGGUAAUCACAGCUUUGUGAUGGAACAAAACGACAUGGUCGAAUCACUAACUGCAGCAGUCAGGAGCUUCAUUGAAGCUAGACUGGUCGAUAAGGAUCAUCGAUUGCAGCAGAAAGAGCAUUGUGCGGAACGAUUAGCAGCUGAGGGAGAAGGCAAUCCUUGCAAUGACAUUGUAGAAGUUCCCUACUCCGAUCAAGCAGUUCUUGCCAAUCUAGACUGGGGAAUCGAAGCCCUCGAAGAGGCAAUCAACACAUCCAAUGCAGAAACUAGAAUGGCACGUCUCGAUUAUGCAGAGAAGAUGCUACAACUUUGUGCCAUGUUGAACUCUAACCACAAAACAGCGGGUGUCCCCAACUUCUACCUCUCGGCGUGGGCGCACUUAAACCUCUCCUACCUCUCCGUACUACGCCACGACUUUCAGACCGCAGUGCUUCACAUUCUGGAGAUGUUCUUCGUGGAUCCUUUCUUUUCACGGAUCGAUUUUGCUCCUGAGCUUUGGGAAUCCAUCUUCCUCCCCCAAAUGAGCUCAGUCGUCGCCUGGUACUCCGAGGGAAGGAGAAGAAUACUGAUGGAUGUCAUCCCCGACUCCUCUGACUUAUCAUUCACCAUGGAUUUUGAUCAGUACUUCAACGAAUCUUUGAUCAUGUCUGUGAGACCUAAGCAAGCUGAGAGAAUUCAGCAGCUUGAGCAUCUUUAUGGCCAAUCUUUGGAUGAGAAUACAAAGCUCUAUGCAAAAUAUUACAAGGAUUGUAUGAGGUAUGAUUCUGCCACUAGCAGGAAGGCAAUGCCGAUGCUGCCGAUUGUAGAGCCACCGGUUACUCCACUGCACGACCUCAGUAGCCGGUCGAUUCCAGAUUAUGUGAAGUUCGGGCCAAUCCUGCCUACAAGCGCCGGUUUUUCCCCUGUCCUGAAAUCAAGAAAGAAUCCGACCGACACCUUUAGAUUGGAGGCGACACCGACAGCCUAUGAGAAUCUUGAAGCUUCUGCUGACUCGGAGAUGCCGGAAGAAAUCGCUGAGGACUGUGAAGAUCCUGAUUCAUUCAUGGAAGCUAUUAAGGCCGAAAAGGAGAAUGAAUCUAGAGCAGCUGUCUCUUAUGGAAACGCCAUACCAAAGGAGGAAACAUCUUGCAGCAGAGAAGGGAUACACCUCACCGGCUUCCGACAAUCUUCUCCGAAUAGCUCACCAGUGUAUUCUCCUGCAACUCCUAUGAAGAAACUAUCUCCGAAACCUGCGACAGAUGGCGGGAAAAUACUUCGCCUUCUCUCGUCUCGUGCCUCGGAUCCCUUGAUCUCCAACUCAACACCUGUUUCUCCACUCUCAAGCAUUAACUCAACCGAUUCUGAAGUCGAUUCGAGAGGACGAUUAAAGACUGUGAAGAACGACGUCGAUUGUGUGCACUCUGUGAGACAAGUAUUCGAAAAGAGGAAGAAUGUGGAUGAUGGAUGCCCGAGCUACACAUCUUCUCCGGUGUCGGAUGCCUUGUCGAGGCCGAAAGACUUUGUCUGUCCGAUUACAGGCCAGCUUUUCAACGACCCCGUCACCCUCGAAACCGGGCAGACCUACGAGAGGAAAGCGAUUCAGGAAUGGGUGAAUAGAGGGAACACGACCUGCCCGAUCACACGGCAGCCUCUCUCGGCAGCUUCGCUGCCGAAAACAAACUAUGUCCUGAAGAGAUUAAUCACAUCUUGGAAAGAACAGCAUCCCGACCUCGCCCAAGAAUAUUCAUUCGUUGAGACACCAAGAAAUUAUCCUAUUCGAUCCGAAUCUGCUGUCUCCGGAACAUCUGAUCAUCACAUUAGUAUUGGAGAUGAUCACAAACCUCAACAGGCGCCGUAUUCAAAUCCUCAACAAUCGCCGACGAGCGCAAGAUCUCAAGCUUCGAUCGAUUCGCUGAUCAAUGCAUUGAGCCCCUAUGUUCUAUGCUUAUGCAACUCCGAAGAUUUAACAGAAUGCGAAGGGGCUGUUCUAACGAUAUUCAAAACAUGGGAGGAUUCGAAUGUUGGCUCGAGCAUCCACUCCUAUUUAUCAUCGCCAGCAAUCGUAAAUGGCUUCAUGGAAAUACUCUCUGCGUCGCUCAACAAGGAUGUGCUCCGGACAGCAAUCCACAUCCUAUCGAAGCUGAUAUGCUCCGAAAAUCAUGUUGCCGAUCUUCUUACAAAUGUGGACUCGGAUUUCUAUUGCUUGGUCGAUUUACUGAAGAAGGGACUCCCCGAAGCUGCCGUGCUUUUGCACCUUUUCCGGCCAUCGGCGGCUCUUCUGUCUUCCCAGGACUUGGUUGCGGCGCUAAUCUGCAUAAUAUCGAACAAAAAUCAAGACUGCGGCGCCGGCGAUUUUCACUAUCCUUUGUCGCCUAAAGUUGCUGCUGUGGAGUUGCUUCGGCAAAUCGUCGUCGGAGAUGACGGCGAUGCAUUGGGUGGUGCAGUUAAGGUUGUAGAAGAGAAUGGAGUUCCGGCAUUGAUGAGCUGCCUCGACAGAGUUGAUGACGAUGGGAGGCAGUCGAUCGUUGUGGUUCUUCUUUGGUGCAUGAGAAGUGAUGUGAAAUGCAGGGAGUUUGUGGCGGGAAGAAUCGAGUUGUGGCAUGUUCUUGAGUUGUUUCAUGGCGGGGACGAUGGUGUGAGAGGCGUUUGUGUCGAGUUUCUGACUGAGUUGGUUCGACUUAGCAGGAGGACAUUGAGCAACCAAAUAUUGCAUAAAAUUAAGGAAGAAGGAACAUUCAGCACAAUGCACAGCCUAUUGGUUCAUCUACAGAUGUCUCCAAUGGAUCAAAAACUUGCCACUGCUACACUUCUUCUACAGCUAGAUCUCUUGGCUGCGCCGAGGAAGAUGAGUAUUUACCGGGAAGAAGCCAUGGAUGCAUUCAUAGAAGCACUGCAGAGAAGCGACUUCCCGACUUCCCAAGUUACAGCCCUUGGAGCAUUUUCGUCACUUUUGGGGCGUAAAAAAUCCUCAAGGAAGUUGGACAUUGAAGCCCGGUUGCUAAAGUUAGCCGGGUUUGACCUGCAUUCCACGACAACAAUUAGCACGGAUGAAUCAGCAGAAUAUGAAGCCGAGACAGUGCGCGUCUACAUAUGUAUUACAAAAUAUAUUACAUGUAGGGAAGACGAAAAUGCGUCGAGGAUUUGGGAGAAGAGAAUGGCCUUCGUGCUUUCGAGCCACGAGAAAGGCGUAAUCUUCAAAGCAUUGAAGGAAUGCUUCAGGAGCAGUUCAAUUGAGAUAGCAAGAUCUUGUCUAGUUAUAGCAACAUGGCUUGUGCACAUGCUGUAUAAACUUCCCGACUGCGGGGGGCGGGUAAUCGCCCGUAAGUUUCUGCUCGACGAGUUCAUAAACGUGCUGCAGUCGUCGAGGAAUGUGGAAGAGAAGAUCUUGGCAGCCCUUGCUCUUAAAGGCUUCAUCAGCGAAAAAGAUGGGCAGACUGAGAUCACGGCGUGCGCCAAAAGCGUCUGGAAAACCUUGAGGAGGCUUAAGAAGAGCUGCGCCGUAGCACACGAUGUAAUAAAAGCACUGAUGAAGUCGCAGUCGCUUGAUGCUGCUGAGCUAUGGUCAUUCGUCGAAGGGCCCGAGCUGGACGUGUCCAUGAAUGGAGAAAUUCUGUCAUUACUUCAUGUAAGAAACUGGUUGAUCUCCAGCCAUUCUGAUGGAACUAUUAAGGUUUGGGACACUGACAAAAGAGUUCCCCGGCUGAUACAAGAAGCCCGCGAACACUCUAAGGCUGUCACGUGCCUCUGCAUUUCACCUACAUACGACAAGCUGUACACUGGAUCUCUGGACAAAACCAUCCGGGUUUGGUCAAUCAGACACGACGAAAUCCAUUGCAUUCAAGUUCAUGAUGUAAAAGAAGCAGUACAUGUUCUGGCAGCUAACGCAAACACAGCAUGUUUCUCAUCUCAAGGAUACGGUUUAAAGGUUUACAACUGGACUGGAAGUCCCAAAAGCAUAAACUUCAACAAGCAAGUUAAGUGCAUGGUGCUCAACAAUGACAAUCUCUACUGUGGCUGCUCAAGUUACACAAUCCAGGAGGUGGAUUUGAGAACACAAACUUCAUCUACAUUCUACUCUGGUGCCAAAAAGUUAUUAGGCAAACAAACAAUUUAUUCAGUUCAGAUUUAUAACAAUAUUCUCUAUGCAUGCGGAUCAUUGAUUGAUGGUAUAGCAGGAAAGGCAUUUAAACUUUCAAGCAGGGCAAUUGUAGGAUCAUUGGCCACAGGUCUGGACGUUCAGCACGCAAAUGUGAACAAUGACUUCCUAUUUACAGCCACAAAAUGUGGAAGCAUAGAAGUUUGGGAGAAAGAAGGAUUCAAAAAACUUGGUUGCAUGAAGAUUGGAACAUCAGGAGGGAGUUGUCCAAGAAUCACAGGCACUGCCUGCGACAGGGAUGGGCACAGGUUCUUUGCAGGAACCUCUAAUGGCAGAUUACAGGUUUGGAACCUUGAUUAAGACUAUAUAUCAACUUCGUCCCACCACAAUUGAUGUUUUCCACCCGAAUGAUCAGAUAAAGCUGUCAAAAGAUUACCUGAAUUCAGCAGAAGAAGAAGGGUCAUUAUAGGGUGCUGCAUUCAUCCC